CCUUUUUGCCAUGUCUUUCCUUCGCAACCCUUCUGCGCUCUUCGGCGUGCUCAAUCUGUCAGCGAUUGGCAGUGCCACUCUGUAUCUACGUUCCCACCACAUACAAAACCUUGAAGAACACGAAACACGCAUGGAUGAGCUGGAGGGUACGCUCCGAGGCCACAUCGGGCUAAUCGAAGAAGCAUUGGAUCGCUUAGAGGGCAAGGCCUCAGAGUCCGACAGGGGAAAGAAGACGUAAGGACCUUGAUUGCUUUUUUGGACCUGGAUGUACUACAGCAAACGAGGCCGCGAUGACAAGGGCAAGCAGUGAAGCAGAAGAUCGUCGGGCCAGUGUGCUGCCGCGGCGGCUU